AUGGGGCCGUUUGAGAUUCUGGAGCGUGUUGGUCCGGUGGCGUACAGAUUGGCUCUUCCUCCGAGUCUCGCCCGGGUGCACAAUGUUUUUCACGUGUCCAUGCUUCGGAAGUACAUUACGGAUCCGUCCCACGUCAUUAGCCCGGCGUCUAUUCAGCUACAGGAGGAUCUGAGUUAUGAGAAGGCUCCGUUGCGGAUAUUGGCACGUGAGGUGAAACAGUUGCGGAACAGGAGCAUUCUAUAUGUUAAAGUUCAGUGGGAAAAUCACAAGGAGCGCGAGGCUAUGUGGGAGCUUGAGUCUUCUAUGCGGGAGCAUUACCCGCAGUUGUUUGCGGGGGAUGUUUGA